CACGUAUGUCGGACAUGCUUCCAAAAAUGGCUGCGUGCAGUAUAGAAGACGUGCUUGCUAAAGCUGAACGAGAUGAGGCUGAAAAACUCAAAAGUAUCACCGUUCAAAAAGAACUGGACCUUGAGUUUGAUAUCGGAAACCUGGUCGCAUACGACAAGAACCGUAUUGAUAUUCGACAGUUCCGUGAACAGAAGAAAGACGAUUUCCUGCGCUCGCUAGCUCGUGACAACACGCAGCUCCUGAUCAACGAGAUAUGGAAGCAUCCCACAGAGAGAGUAGAGGAGGUAAUCGUAGUCAAACUACCCGAGCCGACCACUGCACUGCCGAGAGAGAAGCCCCCACCGAAGCCCCGGCCUCCAACCAAAUGGGAGGAAUUCGCCAAAUUGAAGGGGAUCCAAAAGAAGAAGAAAACUAACCUGGUAUGGGACGAUGUUGCCAAAGAGUGGAAGCGGCGUUGGGGCUACAAGCGUGUUAAUGAUGGCACGAAAGAGUGGCUGAUUGAGGUCCCCGAAACAGCCGACCCCAACGAGGACCAAUUUGCCAAACGGAACAAAGCCAAGAAGGAGAAGGUUGCAAAAAACGAGCUGCAUCGCCUGAGGAACAUAGCCAGGGCACAGAAGAUCAAAGUACCAGGUGUUGGACUCACACCGACCGCGCAGCAAUCCACAAGUGACCUGAGUAGGGCUGUCAAUGUGGCCAAGGUAUCCACAGCUUCCGCAGGUAAAUUCCAAGAUCGCCUACCGAAGGAGAAAGCUCCCAGAAACACCGGGAAGAAGAGGAAAUUCCAGCCUGUCAUCGGUAACUUUUCCAGUGAAAAGCAGAGGCAGCUGGAUCUGCUCAAGGUGAUGGACAGUAAGAAACCUCGUCUGGACGUCAACAAAGCUGUAAACAAACAAAUGCGAGAGGAUGACCGAGAGGAGUCUGCAGCGAAAUUUAGGAAGGGGGGGAAGAAGGGACGCAAGGGUGGUAAUUUCUCUGGAAAGGGUGGGGGUGGAAAGGGUAAAGGAGGUGGUGGCAAAGGAAGAGCAGGGGGUGGCAAAGGAAGAGCAGGGGGUAAAGGUCAAGGACCACCUGGAGGUAAAAAAGGAGCUGGGAAACGCUAAAGGGGAACAUUUGAAACAUUGUAUGUCAUACAUCACAAUAGCCUUGUCUCAGACUGCACAGUAUGAAUUGGCAUCUUCAUUAUGUUUCCCACCUGCAUGUUGCUGGGAGUGAUGUGUCUCUGAGCUGUCUCCCCUUAAUGCAGGUCAGGUGCAAUAGGGGGGAGGGGCUUCUGUCCCGUCAUUCAAAAUAGAUCACCCAUGACAUUGUGUAAAAAUGGUAUAUGGUGAUGAUUUGCCUUGUGUCUACAAGGCUAGCCUAGUGGUUAGAGCAUUGGACUGGUAACUGGAAGGUUGCAAGUUCAAACCCCCGAGCUGAUAAGGUACAAAUCUGUCGUUCCGCCCCUGAACAGGCAGUUAACCCACUGUUCCUAGGCCGCCAUUGAAAAUAAGAAUUUGUUCUUAAUUGACUUGCCAAGUUAAAUAAAGGUGAAAUAACAAUUUGUUGUAAAAAUGUGUAACAUUUGGGUACAGAGUUAUGUUUGAUAUUUUUCAACACAAUUAAAAUCAACUUCAUAAA